AUGGCUAAAAAGAAGAAACCUACUCAUGGCCCUAAUGAUAUUUCUCCUGAAGAAGCUCGUCAAGAAUUUGGCAUUACAUAUGAUGAUUUAGAAAAAUUAAUGCAAACACGAGGCCAUGAAGGUAUUUUAAAACUUAAUGAAUCUUAUGGUGGCCUUAGUGGUCUAGGACAAAAGCUUAAAACAAAUUUAAUUAGUGGUUUAUCCGAAGACGAAACUGAUUUAUCCUUACGUGUAGCGGCAUUUGGUCGUAAUGAAAUUCCACCCAAACCACCUAAAACAUUUUUUCGUCUUAUGGUUGAUGCUCUUCAAGAUAUUACACUUGUUAUUCUUAUAAUAUGUGCUGUAAUUUCAUUUUGUCUAUCAUUUUAUCAUCCAACUGAUGAAUCAUUUCAAGCUGAAUUAAAGCAAAAAGAAGCAAAUGUUGAAUGGAUUGAAGGUGCAGCAAUUAUUAUUGCUGUUAUUGUUGUUGUUCUUGUAACAGCAUUUAAUGAUUGGACAAAAGAACGACAAUUUCGUGGGCUUCAAUCAAAAAUCGAAAGUGAUCAAAAAUUUAAUGUUGUUAGAAAUAAUAUUGUUAAACAAAUUCCAAUAAAAGAUAUUGUUGUUGGAGAUAUAUGUCAAGUUAAAUAUGGAGAUUUAUUACCAGCUGAUGGUGUUGUUGUACAAUCAAAUGAUGUUAAAGUUGAUGAAUCAUCAUUAACUGGUGAAUCAGAUUUAAUAAAAAAACAUGAAUCAAAAGAUCCAUUUCUUUUGUCUGGUAAUUAA